CUAGAUAGGCUAGACUGGCAACAUACGCAUCUUAUGUUCGUUAUAUUUUUGGAAAUGUUUAGACGAGCUACACAACCUCACAGUAAAAAGAGUGCUUGCACAUCAAAUCAGUACAAUGUAUGUGCUAAGUGUUGGAGUGUUGUUAUUAUGCCUUGCACUAACAACGGCGGCAUCAGAUCGUCCUCACAUCAUCUUAAUUGUGGCAGAUGAUCUUGGUUUCAACGAUGUGGGAUUUCAUGGAUCAACACAAAUUCCUACACCCAACAUUGAUGCCUUGGCCUAUUCAGGGUUAAUCCUGAAUAACUAUUAUGUUCAGCCUAUAUGCACGCCAUCCAGAAGUGCCCUGAUGACUGGAAAGCAUCCAAUACAUACAGGUCUUAACCAUGAGGUGAUCUUAGGGCCUCAGCCUUAUGGCCUUCCCUUGGGUGAAAGACUCCUGCCCCAGCACUUAGGCCAGCUGGGCUACAUCUCUCAUCUGGUUGGGAAGUGGCACCUGGGCAUGGCUAUAAAAGAAAUGACACCAACCUACAGGGGCUUUGCAUCGCAUUUUGGGUACUGGACAGGGCACAAGGAUUAUUAUGAUCAUUCAGCACAGGAGGCGCCUGGCUACUGGGGAUAUGACAUGAGGAGAAAUAUGAGUGUUGCGCAUGACUGCUAUGGUAAAUACACCACAGACCUCUUUACGGAUGAAGCGGUGAAGGUCAUAAACCAACACAACACGUCGAAGCCCCUCUUUUUAUACCUUGCCCAUCUCGCCGUCCAUUCAGGCAAUUCCUAUGCCCCUCUGCAAGCGCCUGAUGAGGUUGUGCAGAAGUUCUCAUAUAUAAAGGAUGAACAAAGGCGGAAAUUUGCAGCAAUGCUGUGGAAGCUGGAUGAAUCUGUCGGCAGGGUUGUAGAAGUGCUAAAUGACAAGCAGAUGCUCCACAACUCAGUUAUCCUCUUCACAACGGACAACGGUGGUCCGGCUGCUGGCUUUGACAGGAAUGCGGCUUCAAACUGGCCUUUGAGAGGGGUGAAAGCAGCUAUGUGGGAAGGGGGAGUGCGAGGGGCAGGACUCUUGUGGUCACCUAAGAUCUUGAAUCCAGGGAGAGUCUCUCAGCAAAUGCUUCACAUUACUGACUGGUUGCCUACGUUGGUUUCUGCUGCAGGUGGUGAUGGAUCAAGUAUACAAUCUCUUGAUGGCAUAGAUAUGUGGAAAACAUUAACAGAAGGUAGAGCUUCACCACGUAAGGAAUUCCUGGUGAAUUAUGACCCAAUCUUAGAUGGUGCUGCUGUGAGAUUUGGAGAUUGGAAGUUAUUAUACAACCCCCAAGGUUAUGGUCACCACUGGGAUGGCUGGUUUGGCCCCUCAGGUCGUAAUGAGACAGCUCCAGAGACGAGUUUGAAGGUGAUAAUAGAGAUGGUCCUUAAUUCGACAGUAGCCAAGGCAGUGAGAGCUGCAACGCCUGAUGCUUACCAGAACCUUACAUCCGUGAGGAAGGAUGCCGAAAUUCAUUGUGGACCUAUCCCAGCAAAUGCUACGAAAAUAUGCAAUGUUACUACCUCUCCAUGUCUGUUCAAUAUUUUGCGUGAUCCCUGUGAAUAUACAGAUGUCGCUGCCAGCCACCCUGAUGUGAUGGCCAUCCUAAAAGCUAGAUUGCAAGACUACAUUGACACUGCAGUACCCCCUCGUAACAAGCCCUGGGAUCCAUCAGCUAAUCCCAAGUACUGGGGUUAUACAUGGAACAACUGGUUGGAUUAUCCACCUCCAGUAGGACUGCAAGUCGAUGGAAGUGUAACACAGACAGCAUUUGCCAAUGAUAUUUAUGGUGAUAUGCGACCUGAAUGAUGAGAAGUUAUUAUCCUGCUGUUCCCAUAUUAUUUUUGAUUUAUUUACUGUGUUUUAGAACUGGAUCAAUGGAUAUAGACUGAAUUAAAUGAAAGUAUAAAAAAAAAAAAAAAAAAAA